GAUGGAAUGUAUUCGCGGGAAGACGACGGCGACCGCGCACUUGGACCCGAGUCUCCCGCUCGCUCGCUCUUCGAAGCCGCCCGUCCGAAGUUCUCGCGGCUCGUGUUCGUGGGAUAGGUUGGAGUGGCGUUGGUUUUGCGUUCGUCUCUGUAGUCGGUGGGGAAGGGUACGAAUGCAUGGUGAAGGGAGUUCUUCUGUUCACAAGGAAAACGCUAUUCGCAUCGUGUAGUUGUUCGUGAAAUAGGUGAAUCGCAGUGAGAUGAUUGUGGCGACUUUGGUGAUGGUGGUCGUGGCGGUGGCGAACCCUCUGGCCAUGGCGAUGCCGACGUCCGAGACUCAGCAGAUCAUGUUGCACAUCGAGCCGGAAUUGCUUCGAGGACACAAGCUGGUUCUCACCCUCGAGCCUCUGCCGGGUGCCCCUCAGGAUCAGCAGGAGCGCCUCACCGCCGUCGCCAGAGCUGUAGUUCAGCCUGCAGAGGGGGAAGAGAGCAGCGUUCAGGAUUUUGAGUACGACGAUGUCACUCAGCGACAACCCGUUCCAGCUGAGCCGAGCGUCUCUGGGAACACGACGACGCCCGCCACGAGGACGUCCCCGAAGAGACCGGGCACGCUCGCCACCCGCAUCAGGCCAGGCAGCGCGAUCCUCACGGGGGGCGACGUCACGCAGUUCCUCUUCAACUUCCCCGAUGUGAAGUGCCCUCCGGGACAGCGGCCGGACGCCUCGAUGGUUUGCCGCGAGCCCUUCAAGCCUUUCGGCGAUGGCAAGAGCCUGAAGGGCGGCGCCGUCAGGUACUUCCUACCCCGUCAGGCCCACCAUCGCCAGGCUGCUCGCGACCCCCUCGUGGCUCACCUCGGAAAGCCACUCAAGCAGAGAGCCAAGUUCGCCAACGUCGUCGCAGACAGCGCCAAAGCAGAAACCAAUCUACAGUGAGGUUUAUGCAGCAAGUACGGACGUUUUGGGGAUUAGGAAUUUUGGACUAUCAGUGUGUGCUUUCACAUUAGGAAAAGAAAAGAAAAAUAAGAUCUGGAAGUGCGAAAUUACUCAUCAGAAUUAGAAAACUGUUCUCCUGAACUCAUCCGACAGGACAUUAUAUUCAGAAGUUAUCUGUGAUGAAUUAGUAUUAGAUUUGGUCCUCGCGAAGUCUUUAAUAAACAGAACCAAUUUC